UCCAUUUCUCCCCCAAAUCCGGCGGAGAGAGGCAACCAGCGCCGCCGUUGCAGCCGAAGGGCAAGACCGUGAUGAGGAUCCACUUCUCGUCGUCGCUGCAUGUACGGGCUGCGGCUGCAGCCGAAGGCGAAGGCGGGAUCGCGGUGGGGAUCCGCUUCUCGUCGUCGGCGCGGGUACGAGCCGCGGCUGCAGCCGAAGGUGAAGGGCAGGACCGCGGUGGGGAUCCGCUUAUCGUCGUCGGCGCAGGGGCAUGUAAACAAUUCUUCUUGGCGGAACUCGAAACAGCCCGCCAAGCGGCAGCCACGUCAUGCUGAUAUCAAUGGGGAGGCAAAGGAUGAUGAGGUUGGUGGCCCAUUCCGCUUCGUGAAACGGCGGAAACGGAAGGCGACCACGCAGGUUCGAGUUGUAGCUGGAGUUGGCACACCGUCUGCAGCAUGCCGAGGUUUUACAGGUUAUGGGGGUGGAUGAACUGAUGUAGAUUUGUGCACACAAUUCUAAUCUACAAAGUCACAUAUACUACUGCGUGGAAAGAUCAAAGGAAAAAAACACAUAUACUUCUUGUCUAGUUGGUAGUUAUUUUUUCAUAGUACUUACCAUAUGCUUUCUUCUUUUUUUGCUACAAUGACACUGGUUCUUCUGCAUUAUGUGUGAAAUAAGAC